AUGAAGACGGCGGGUCGCGAGACUGGGCGGUGCAUGUCGGUGGCGGCCAUGCAGGCGCUGCACCGGCUGCGCGAGUGCCGGCUGCUGUGCGACGCCAUCGUGCGCGCGGACGACGGCGCCGCCUUCCCCGUGCACCGCGCCAUACUCUCUGCCUGCAGCCCAUAUUUCCUGGCACUAUUUACAACAACUCUUCAUUCUCGUGAGCAAAGUGACGUGCUGAUAUCGGGAGUGCGCUCUGAAAUAUUGCUGCUCCUGAUCGAGUACGCGUACUUGCGGCGCAUCGAUGUAUCAGACACCAACGUGCACGAGCUGCUGAUGACCGCCGACUACCUGGCCUUCCUGGGAGUCCUACAGCUGUGCUGCGACCACCUCCGAACCUCGCUCAGCCCGAAGAACUGCCUUGGCAUCAUGAUGUUCGCCAGGCGUGUGUUUUGUUACAAACUUGAAGCUGACGCUCGACGGUACUUGUUGCGCUACUUCGUCACAGUUGCAACUCAAAGUGAUGAAUUUCUACACCUACCCCUAGAUGAGCUCAAUUCCAUAAUACUCGAAGACGAGCUCAAUGUGAAAAGUGAGGAAGUGGUCUGGGAAGCCGUGCUCCGCUGGGUUAAUUAUGACCCCGAUCUCCGUUGGCAGCACACCGUCAAACUGAUGGGCAGCAUACGGCUUGGAUUACUCGAUACACAAUUCUUUCUGGAAAACGUCAAAGAUCAUCCAUACGUGACUGGCAAUGAGGGCUCACGUCCGAUCAUUAUAGAGACCCUAAAGUUCUUGUAUGACCUUGAGAUGAUCGCGCAAAGAGACGGCGAAGUGGCCACGCCAGAGAUUGCUCGACCAAGAGUCCCUCAUGAGGUCCUGUUCGCUAUCGGGGGUUGGAGUGGAGGUUCUCCUACCGCUUUUAUUGAAACCUACGACACAAGAGCUGAUCGCUGGAUAAAGGUUGAAGAAGUGGACCCAGCUGGACCUAGAGCAUACCAUGGCACGGCAGUCCUUGGGUACUGCAUUUAUGUGAUCGGUGGCUUUGAUGGAAUGGAUUACUUCAAUUCAUGUAGAUGCUUUGACGCUGUUACUAAGACUUGGCGAGAGGUAGCUCCAAUGAAUGCACGUCGGUGUUAUGUAUCAGUGGCUGUAUUAGGUGAAACGAUAUACGCGAUGGGUGGAUAUGAUGGGCACCAUCGUCAAAAUACGGCUGAGCGAUUUAACCACCGAACGAAUCAGUGGUCACUGGUUGCACCCAUGAAUGCGCAACGGUCAGAUGCAAGCGCAGCAGCUCUCGAUAAUAAAAUCUACAUCACGGGGGGCUUCAAUGGACAAGAAUGCAUGAACAGCGUCGAAGUGUAUGAUCCAGACACGAAUCAAUGGACCAACUUAGCACCGAUGCGCUCUCGUCGAUCCGGUGUUUCUUGUAUUGCAUACCACAACAAGAUUUACGUGAUAGGUGGUUUUAAUGGUAUUUCAAGAAUGUGCAGUGGUGAAGUGUAUGAUCCGGCUACAAAUACCUGGUCCCCCGUACCUGACAUGUACAACCCUCGCAGUAAUUUCGCUAUAGAAGUUAUAGAUGACAUGAUAUUUGCCAUUGGCGGCUUCAACGGCGUCACUACGAUUUAUCAUGUGGAGUGCUAUGAUGAAAAAACUAAUGAGUGGUACGAAGCGACAGACAUGAACAUCUACCGGUCGGCGCUGUCGGCGUGCGUGAUCAUGGGCCUGCCGAACGUUUACGACUACAUCCACAAGCACCGCGAGCGGCUCAUGGAGGAGAAGCGGCAAAAGAUCCUGUUGUCUGAGACCGCCCGCCACGGGCAGCAUCGAACUGCGCUGCCUGACGUGCACCUGAUGGAAGACAACGACGAUAUGCUGGAGCAGCUGGGGCUGGUGGAGAACCAGGCCGCCAACAACAUCCCCGUGCCGCCGCCGCCACCGCCGCCCCAGCCCAUGGAGCAGGACUGACGUGCUCCUCCGUACACAGAUCCCUCGUUGGCGUCCUUCCGAAUCUCUCCAGUUUACGAUGGUUUGCAUUUAAUUUGAGUAACUACUUAUCUCAUUAUAAUCAGUAAGAUGAAAGAAAAAAGCCCUUAGGAACCCGUAGAGUGAAGUUAAUAUUAUGUAAAAUUAUAACGUAACCGUUCUUUAUUUUUAAAAUAUUUACAAUUAUUAUUGUAGCAGUUUUGGCAUAUUUAUAUGUUGUGAUAUUUUCAUAGUGUGAAUAAUUCCUGUAUUUUUGGAAUGGAUAUUUUUGAAAAUUGUAUGAAAUUUUUCUGACAAGUAUUAUAAUGCCUUAAUAAGAAUCUCUACUGUUGUUUAAUUUUGUGUGACUGCCUACUUAACUUAUACCUGUCUGCAGACGAGGAGCUAUAAUACAAAACAACCUCUUGUGAAACAGAUUCAUCUAUUAUUGUAUGACAAUAAUAUCAUAAGUUAUCACUGCUAAAAAUUCAAAUUAUGAUUACUUAAGUAAAGAAACAAUUUGAUUGUUUACUUUUAAUAAUAUAAAAACAAUUGCUAAUAAGUAAUUACCGCCUAAGGUAAGUGCCCCCUACUUCGGUAUAUUAAGGCUCUUACGAC